GCAAGUGCUGCGAUCUUCCACGGCGACCCGUCGAAGAGUGCGCUGUUGAUGUUGUCCCGUUGCGACGAGGGGCACCACUCCUCAUCCGAGAUAAAAACGGGCGGAGCAUCUUCCAAGGAAAGUACCGCAGCCGGUUCUGAAAAGACGACAGUGUCGAAAGAGUCAGUGUUGAAACAAAUGGAAGUAGAAACGGGGGUAGUUCCGGACAUCUUUGGCGCUGCAAGUUGCCCGCAAGAAGUAGAGACACCGCUUUAUUUCCUCCCGAGCCCCGCAGUGGACUCCCCGCAGACGGUGUUCGCGAAGACCCCCGACGAACUCUUCUGCCCCUCGCCUACGGCCAGCGCGACCGAGCUUGUUCUCCUCGGAGGCGUUUUGCACGGCUGGCCGGUGGUCAUUGGUGGACCAGCGUCGCAGGAUCUAGGACCAGUGAGACUGCUGGAAUGCACAGAAACUACAGAGGAGUUGGUUUUGCCUAGCGCAAACCACACACAGGAAAAAAGGGCGGCGAAGCGGGUCUCUUUCGAUUUGGUGCCGGAAGUGCGUGAGUUUUUCCCCAGGCCCGAGGAACAUUUCACCCCGGCGGAGCGAGCUGGUGCUAAAGUGUCGCGCUCCGGCAGGAGCGAGUUGGGGGACAUGGGCGUCAGCCCAGGCUGGAGCGGGUACCACCGCGGCCACGACGAUUUUUGCGAUCAUUGGUGGACUACGCAUUUUUGCGGCGAUCAAAACCAUUACCAUCACCAUUGCAGCCAUCGGGACUGGCAGAAGCGCCACGCCGGUCAGAAUCAUUUCCAGCACCAAUACAGCCACCACUAUUGGCAGAAGCGGCACGCAGGUCAGCAUUAUUACCACCACCAGUACAGCUACAGCCAUUGCGAUUUUUGGCAGAAGCGCCACGCCGGUCAUAAUUAUUAAUCAUACAUACAACACAGAUUUUUGGCGAACAAGCCAGCGCAGACAACAAUUCCUGAGUUAACAUUACAUUUUUUUGAAGUUUUUUGCAGUUGUUUUGAGUUUAUCGUUUCAUUGUUGUUCAUCACGAGCAGCCCCAUUCAAGUUUUCAUUCGCAAAAGGAAAGUAAACCACGAGAACUUCAUCACGACAGUGACACUUACCAACGGUGAAGAGCACCGAAACUUUUUUUGUUGAUACAGACACGAUUUUGGCACUUUUUCUUGUUGACAGAAAGUUUUCAGUGCAGCAACGCUCACUGCGCAUCUCUUUGGCACUAAUCGAUCGAACUGCUCACUUUCAUCUUCAAAGCUACACUAUUGUGAUUAUUCGAGACAACUACCGUGGCAGCUACUUGGUGUGCCACCCAUGUUUCACAAAAAUACGCUUCAUCAUUACCAUUUGGCUUGGAAAAGCACAACUGAAAGCAGG